GCGUUUCCCGCGCUUGUUGGUGCCGCGUGAGGCGGGGAAGCCCUGCUAUGAAGUGCGUGAUGGGGGGCGCUCACCUCAGAGUGUUUGGAAGAGCAAUACAUGCCAUAGCACGCAUUAGUGAUGAAUUUUGGUUUGACCCCAUAGAAAAAGGCCUUGCCUUGAGAUCAGUGAAUUCUUCAAGGUCAGCAUACGCAUAUGUCUUCUUCUCUUCCAUGUUUUUUCAACAUUACUGCUGGACAGCUGUCUCUCAGCCACAUCAGAAGGAAAAACAGUUAUCCCUCCCAUGUAAAUUGAUAAUUAAGUCAGUUCUCCCUGUAUUUAGAUGUGUAAAUGUGCUGGAAAGGAACGUAGAGAAAUGCAGCAUUUAUACAAAUAUUAAUGAUCAUCACAUAACUUUUCAGCUCCUCUGCAAACACGGUGUUGUUAAAACAUAUAAUUUGACUUUUCAAGAGUGUGAUCCACUGCAGGCAGUUUUUGCAAAGCACUUGUGUCCAAACGUACUUAAAGUCCACUCCAGGCUGCUGGCUGAUAUCAUGAUUCACUUUCCCACCAGUCAAGAGGAAGUAACCUUAUCAGUUACUCCAAUGAAAGUUUGUUUCAAGAGUUACACUGAGGAAGACACUGAUUUUUCAAAGACAAUGCUUACUGAAAUACAACUAAAUCCUGAGGAAUUUGACUACUUUCAAGUUGGAGUAGACUCUGAAGUGACAUUUUGCCUUAAAGAAUUGAGGGGACUACUAGCAUUUUCAGAAGCUACCGGUGUUCCCGUCUCCAUCCAUUUUGACAUAUCUGGGAAACCAAUUGCUUUCAGCAUUGAAGACAUGGUGCUGGAAGCCAGCUUUAUUUUGGCUACCUUGUCUGAGAUUGAAAAGGAGACAGCUUCCCAGCAGCCUCCAUGCUUUUCACAGCAGCGGGAAAGAUCGAAGAAUUGUAUGGAUAAGCCACAAAAAACCUCAAUGGAUAAAGACAACAAUGCAGAAGCAGUUGCUGCACCAAACAUGGAGUCAGCAAAACCUGGGAGUCCUUUGGCAAGACAAGAGAUUAAAAGCAUUCCCAGAGUCCCAAAUCCAGUGAUGACAGGCAGAGAAGGACCAGCCAUGGCCGAUAACCACACAGUGCUGGAAGGAGAGGUAACAGAGUCUCAUUAUCAGAAGUUUCAUUCCCUGUUUUUCGGAGCAGUUUCUUGUAAGGAGAAAGAUGCCAUCAGUCACCCCUUCCAUAGUCUAGCAACAGCUAGUGAUACUGAAGAGGAUUUGGGCAACGUGCAGAGCUCCCCAGUUCUCUAGAAACACAAAGUGUUUGGAUCCAAGUAAUAACUAUCAGGGAGCGCCUGGAAGGAUAAAAGUAAGGCUGACAGGGUAAUUGUGGAGCUGCUCAUAGUUUUCAGAAGUUUAAUUGCAAUUCUUUAGCAAGUUAGAACUUGAUGGAAACCGUUUGUAUUCUGAGCUUGUGUGAACUGCGUUUCACAAGUGGCUGUUCAGUCUGUAAAGUGGGAAUCCUACUCAGAUGGUACAGAUAUACGAAAAGGACAAAAGUAGAUUUAGUUGUCGGUCUUUGCUCUGUCAGUACAGGUUAAGUGUUUAAUUGCUAUUUGUGUUAAGCCCCAGCAAUGGGUCAGUCUCAAACCCUUGGCUGCUGUCAUAAUGGAAUGUAACUUUCAGUGAUAACUGACUAGUUGAGGUGUGUGCGUUCUGAAGGAAUAGCCCCAAUUGUCAUAGAAAUUUAUUUAAAAAAAAAUAAAAGCAUUGUUUGAAAGCAUGAUUGUAAGCAGUGUUUGUA